UGGAGUAGAUUCGUUACGUACUUCUACAAACAAUUCACGAAGACCACAACGGACCAUAGUAUCUUCCGAUUGAUUGUCACCAUCACGCACUUCGGCCGAAGACUUCUUGCAGUUCGCAGCAGAAACUUGUUAUUUCUCGAAGCUCUAGAAACUGUACUUACGAUUCCGAUAAUCCCUGCUGCAAACCGUCGAGAGAUAUGCUGUCACGCCGGAUAACACUAGUUGCUUGCGCCGCCAUGCUGACGUUCACUUCGCUGCAACGGAUGGCAAAUGCGUUUGUAACACCAUCUGCCAAGAACAACGCCAAUUUUGGGAUUUCAAGAUUCCGUGCCACACCUUUUCGUCUGUAUUCCACUGCGACCGAUGAGGAGUCCACAGUUGCAGCAAAAACUGGGUAUCCCUUUCAAGAGGUUGAGCCCAAAUGGCAAAAGUAUUGGGAAGAAAACAAUACAUUCAAAACACCAGAACGGGAUACCUCGAAACCCAAAAAAUACGUUUUGGAUAUGUUUCCGUACCCUUCUGGAGCUGGACUUCACGUUGGACAUCCAGAGGGUUACACUGGUGAGUGUAUGGUGCAUCGCCGAGAAAUAGAUAACCGCAAUACGUUGCAUAAGUGUUUUGACGUGCAUUUGCAGUUCGCACAACUUUUCAUUCCACUUUCUUUUCACAUGUUUGGUGUUGUCUUUACAAUGUUGCUUGAUUGUGCAUGACAUGACAUGAUUUCAAUAGCUUCGGAUGUUAUGGCGAGAUACUGGAGGAUGACAGGACAUGAUGUUCUUCAUCCCAUUGGAUGGGACUCAUUUGGACUGCCGGCCGAACAAUUUGCUGUACAAACUGGUACUCAGCCAGCUGAAACCACGGGAAAGAAUAUUGCGAAUUUCAGAAGGCAACUGAAAAUGUUAGGUUUCUCUUACGAUUGGGAUAAAGAGUUGGCCACAACCGAUACUGCCUAUGUCAAAUGGACCCAGUGGAUCUUUUUGCAGCUUUACAAGAAGGGACUGGCAGAGCAAUCCGAAGUAUCAGUGAACUGGUGUGCUGCUCUUGGAACUGUCUUAGCCAAUGAAGAAGUCAUCAAUGGAUUAAGUGAACGAGGGGAUCAUCCCGUUCAGCGACUUCCACUGCGACAAUGGGUUUUGAAAAUUACGGAGUAUGCGGAUCGUUUGGAAAGUGGUCUCGAUGGGCUUAACUGGCCUUCGGGGACGAUGACUUCCCAGCAACAAUGGAUCGGGAAAUCUGUUGGAUGCGAAAUCGUAUUUGACGUCGAAGGAAGCGACGAGGUAAGAUUAACUCUCUGUUAUUCGGGCGUUUCUGGUGAGUACGUCUCACACUUUUGUUCUGAUUUUGCAUGGGCAGUCUGUGAAAGUUUUUACCACCCGUCCUGAUACACUUUUGGGAGUCACGUACGUCACACUUGCGCCAGAACACCCUCUCGUUUCAUCCAUUACAACACCCGAGCAAAAGGAUUCAGUUGAUAAAUAUGUUUUAGAGACAUCGUCGCGUUCUGAUUUGGAUCGAACUUCGUCCAAAGUAAAGACAGGAGUUUUUACAGGUGCAUACGUAACUCAUCCUAUCUCAGGAGAUCGCGUUCCUGUCUGGGUUGGUGACUAUGUUCUUGGAAGCUACGGUACUGGAGCUGUCAUGGCUGUACCCGCCCACGAUUCCAGAGACUUUGAGUUCGCGAAGAAGUUUGACUUGGAUAUGAAGUGGGUUGUUGAACCAAAGAAAGGAGAACUCAAUAAGGACGAAGCGUUUACGGAGCCAGGUGUUGCUGUUAACAGUGGAGAAUUCGAUGGAUUGGCCACAAAGAAUUGCAAGAAGGCAAUCACUAACAAGCUGGAAGAGAUAAAUAAGGGUGGUGCUCAGAUUACGUACAAGCUUCGUGACUGGGUUUUCUCUCGCCAACGAUAUUGGGGUGAACCCAUUCCAAUUUAUUUCCCCGUUGACUUCCCUGAAGGCGUAGAUCCUACAUCUCAAGAUCCAAAAAAUGACGACUGUGAACACACCAUUCGUUACGACCAACCUAUUCCAGUUGACGAGGCGGAUCUUCCGCUAGAGCUUCCACAUAUGGAGAAUUUUGAGCCAGGAGAUGAUCCGGCGGGUUGUUUAGCACGAGCAAAGGACUGGCGUUACUUCGAAAAGGACGGGAAGUGGUUUGCAAGAGAAACCAAUACCAUGCCUCAAUGGGCUGGAAGUUGCUGGUAUUACUUCCGAUUUCUGGACCCAAGCAAUACCGAGGAAGCUUUCAGCCAGCAAAUGGACAAGGAUUGGAUGCCUGUUGAUCUAUACAUCGGUGGAGCUGAACAUGCUGUCUUACAUUUAUUAUAUGCCCGUUUUUGGCAUCAAGUUCUCUUUGACCUUGGAUAUUCCGAACACCCCGAGCCCUUUGAAAAACUUGUUCAUCAAGGGAUGAUACUCGGAUCUGAUGGAGAGAAAAUGUCAAAAAGUCGAGGCAACGUUGUGAAUCCUGAUGAUGUUGUCUCUGAACAAGGUGCUGACGCCUUGCGUUUGUACGAAAUGUUCAUGGGUCCGUUGGAAGCUGUAAAACCCUGGCAGACAGAGCAGGUUCCUGGAGUUGUCCGUUUCCAGAACAGGUUGUACAACGUCGUAAAUGCUGCCGCAAAAUCGAAGACAACAGAUAUGGACGAAGAAACUGCUCGAAUACUGCACAAGACAAUGAAAAAAGUUACCGAGGACAUUGAAUCCAUGUCAUUCAAUACUGCUAUUUCUGCCAUGAUGGUCCUGACCAACCAUUUGGUGUCUUUGGGCGACAAAGUGCCUUUGGAAGCUGCAGAAAAUCUUGCCUUGAUGGUAUCCCCACUUGCUCCUCAUCUCGGAGAAGAAUGCUGGAGUAUUCUAGGGCAUAAGGACUCUCUUGCGUAUGCCACAUGGGUUGAAUACGAUGAAGCACUCUGUGUUGACAACGAAGUUACAAUCGGAUGUCAGGUGAAUGGAAAAAUGCGUGGACAAAUUACGAUACCAGCGGAGGCAGAUGAAGAAACCGCGGUAUCAGCUGCGAAGGAAAUGGAGAAUGUCCAAUCACAAAUCGAUGGAAAGACAAUCAGAAAGAUCAUUUAUGUACCAGGAAGAAUUCUGAACAUUAUUGCAAAUUAAAGUAAGAAAUAAGUUUGUAGCUUGCGGCUAUUUGAAUAGAUCGAACUUCUCUGA